AUGCUAAAUGGAAAGAGGCAAAUACAAAAUGUUAAGCUUACCAGCUUUCGGAAACAUCAUGGAAUUAAAGUUGGUUAUGAUGUAUUGUUAAAAAUGGACAUAGGCACUAAUGAACUUACACGUCCAUUUCGAAUUCCAAGGCGGAGAACUGGUGAAAAUAGCGUAGCGGAUGGUAUACCGGAUAAGACAAAACGACUUCGUUUGGGAGGUCAGUCAGAUUCACGUUCUCCACUUGCUUCGACAUCUUCGAUUCGCAAGAACGAUUCAGCAUUUUCUAGUCGCAUUGUGCCGCUCACUAAAAAGAAGACUACACAGGACCACCAGCAAACCUCCACACACUCAAGAAAAUCGAAACCUGGAGAACUUUUUGAUCGAAUCUUAGACUCUAUGGUAAACCCUCCGAAAGAGCGGAAAAAAGAUACACCUCAAGAUGAUAUCGAUGAAGCAGGUCCAAGUGGUAUGACGGCUAAUAUCAUUAGUAGUCCACCUAAACGAAGUACUUCCGGACUUACGCGUGAAGAUUUGGAGCGUCAUCAGAAUGAUGACUCGUCAUGCUAUGCAUUCAUGCAAAGAGAGGGAUUAAUGGAGCGUUUACUUGGACAUAAAAUGCUUACGGGCCGUGUGGAUUCUCAUGUUGUCCUUGGUUUUUUACCAUUUGAUCCUAAAGAUAAUUUGCCAUCCAGAAAUCGCAAAAAUUCAAAUAGUAAAGUGGAUGAUUUUCCAAUUAUAUGUGAACCGCCACCUGUUGGUGUUGCAAAUGAGGAAAGACGGGGGCCAAAAACGCCACCUGGUUCACCAGGGCAUGACGCUAAUUCAUCAGUACUCUCUUCACGAGGUGUUGGUUCGGCUUCACCUUCCAGUCCUCCGCCUCCUCCUCCUGUCGAUGAAACCCUUGUUUUAUCAGUAGAGGGUAGUAAACCAAAAAUAGAGGAAACGCCUGAUUUGAUAGCUGAAAUGGCAGAACUUACGAAACUUCCGCAUAAUCAGCUGGCAGAAUGUUUGGGUGAAGAGUUACAGAAAGCGAUGAAACAGGUUGAUCACAAAGUCUUACUUGAAACACUGAAAGAUGCAUUGCUAAAGGUUGGCAAGAAAAACGAUGAUCAACAAGACGGGCAAAAUCAGACAGCUUCCAAAGAAGACAUCCACAUGUAUCCAGUAGAAAUGGAUCUGGAAAGUAAUAAAAGUGUUAGUGGGAAUGGCGUCUUGUUGCCACCUCCACCACCUGCACCUCUGACACCACCCUCACCGAAUAUGGUUCCAGCUUUACCCGUUGGCCUUUCUACUGCCCCUGUAGUGAUGGCAUCUGCCGUUUUGCCAACACCCCCACCACCUCCACCCUUGGUUAUGUUGCAUCCUGCUAAUGCCUCUCAGGUUCUUGUUAGCACGUCAACAACAGGAAAUGCUCCAUCUUUAUAUUCAUAUUUUCCUCCACCUCACCAGCUUACUGUUGAUCAAAAUAUUAGCUCUUCUACGGUUGCUGGCCCUCAAAAAUCAUCUACUGCUGCUGCAUCUGUUAUUUUCGGUGGUGUACCAUAUGCCGCUAAUCUUGUUGCAUCAUCAUCAUUAACGGUACCAACAGUGCCAUCUUUAAAUCUUGCAUCACAUGCAACAGCGCAACCUUCAGGAAUAAUGAGUGCAUUCCAGAAUAUUUCCACAACACUAUCCCAUGUUACUGCAACUCCUACUGCUUCUGCCGCUGCACCAUAUACAAAUCAAACUCCAGCAUUUGCGUUAUAUCCUGGCUCAUCUUCUGAGCAAUUACCACCCACCACAGCCGCCUUUGCAGCUAGCAAUCACUAUCCAUCAGUCACGCUUGCGCACAACAGUCAUUAUAGCUCAGCGAAUGUUAGUAAUAAUAACAGCCCAAUAUUAAAAUCGAAUAAUCACCCAGCUGUUAUGCUACCACCAACAGUGCUACAUCCUUAUGCCAGUGCUACAAAUUACAAUAUCUGUAAUACUUCGAUAUCAUCAUAUUCGGUCCCUACUACUUCUUGCACAACCACCACAGCCAGUGGAUCAUUGACAACAUCAACGUCCUUGCAACAGCAAUUACACCAGCAGCCUCCAAAACCGCUGAUAGUAUCAAAUGCAUCAUUCGGCUGCGGGUCACAUCAGACCGGAACUGGUACUUAUUCAACUGCAAGCAGCAAUUGCAAUUUCUCCGAAUUAAGAACAUCACAAAAUCCGUAUCGCUCUCAGUAUCGGACUACAAAUUAUUCUCCACCACCACUACAACAGCAUCAUCAAAAGCAUCAAAAUCCAGGGACCUCAGCAGAUAGUACUGCUGGUACUAGUACUUUCGGUACACAACAUCAGCAGGACGAAAAAUCUUUCUCCACUGGUUAUUCAUGUCUUCCACCUCUUCAGAUGCAAGCUUCCCUGGAAUCUCUACCUACAAACAAUGCAGCAUUCAAUGGUGGUGAGACAAGCUCAUCGCGGUUUCUUUCAUCUGGUGCUGGUGCUAUGAAAACAGAAUCUGUUCCGAUUAACGCAGCUUUAGCGUCGGGCUACAAUUCUGAUUUAUCACUACCUGGAGGAGCUGUCAAUAGCACAUCAGGGAAUUUUGGCAGCUCGAAAUCAUCUGAUGAGCCAGUUUCAGUGCCAUCCAGUCAAAAUGUUAUUAAAACAUUGCUUUCUGCUUUAUCUAUCCCACAGAGCAGUGAUAGCGCUGCUACUGUUACUGGCGGUGUUGCUUCCAAUAAUCCCACUUCAGUACCUGAAAUUAACGAUGGAGAUCGGGAGGUUGAUUUUUGUUGGCCACCGGCAAAUAUGGAUGCUCGCUGGUCCCAUGAACCUGGUCCAUCUGUAUCCGAAAAGGCGAAAAAAACAAUACUACACCAGCCGCCAUCAUCAUCCUCUCAGUCAACGAAUACUUCGCGGAUGAUGUUUUUUGAUCAACCGAUGAAGGUUCAUAUAUUUAUUGUAUUUGUUCAUACAUAA